AGAAAAGACCAAACACACACACAUACACACACACACACACACAGGGCGGCGGGGUGAACUGUGUACACAUAGAUCUAUUUCGUGCUACCGCCAUGCUUCCCUUCAUGGGAACGCGCUGUAUAUUUUCGCACGCCAAAUGUCACCUCGCGAACACUCCGCUCAACGUGCUGACGCCGCAGGGCGCGAGGGAUCUGUUCAAGCAGCUCAGGUGCUUGUCUCACGUGACUGGGGCUCGUCCGUCGACCACACACCCGCUGCAUCCCGUGUGUCAACCUGAAAAAAAAUGGUUAGAGAGCAGAGUUGAUGGUGUUAGGUGGAGGAAGAACAUCCACCUGACACGACUGAGGCUGGAGAAACCCACCCCUGUGCAGAUAAGUGAGCUGUCUGAAGGCGCCUAUGACAAGCUGGCAGAGGAGACACUGGACGCCCUGAGCGACUACUUUGAGGACCUGGCAGACUCGGCCUUCACUAACGCCGACUACGACGUUGUCUUAUCUAGUGGCGUGCUGACAGUGAAGCUGGGCGGAGACUACGGCACCUAUGUCAUCAACAAACAGACGCCAAACCGACAGAUCUGGCUUUCAUCUCCCUCCAGUGGGCCGAAGCGCUACGACUUGACGGGGGGGCGCUGGGUGUACGCCCACGACGGCGUGAGCCUCCACCAGCUGCUCUCCAAAGAGUUCUCCGUCAUCUUCAACACAGACAUGGACCUCUCCGGCCUGCCCCACUCCUGAGGCCCCCUAACCCUAACCCUCCAAGCACGCAGUUGAUUUCAUGUGGUGGGUUUGUCUAUAGUAAGGGAAUGUACCGAUGUACCUACUGUUUAUAUCAUUAAAUCGUUUUCAUUAAGUGUCACAAUGUGUGUGUGUGUGUCCCUCAGGUUAUCAGAACAACAAACUAUUAUUAUGGAGGAAAAACGUUAAUGUUCAUAAAUGAUAAAUAAUCUGAGACCAGUGCACUUGGGGGACAGAGCCGUCUCAUUCCUCACUUUGACCAAUGAAACACGUGUUAUUGUAACCAUGACAACAAUGCUGGACUAACCUCCACAUGGGUUUGUUUAAGCGUAGCAUGAUUCCUCUCUGAUGUGUUAUAAUGGUGCGCCAAGUAAUGAACCCUUUUGUAUGAUUGCAAGGUCUAAUAAAGUCCUGCUAAUGCUA